GACCACCUACAAUUCCUUGGUUGUCCCUAGCAAACUUGGCUAAAGCGAGUCUGAUUCUGAUUAUUGUGUGUCAUGAUAUGCGUAUGCGCAAACGUAGACGCAGCUAGUAGGUCCUUGAAUAACCAGUAGAAAGGUUGAAGUUUAAAGUUUGAAGUUCAAAGCAAAGAUUUUUGUUUUGAAGGCCUUCGACAUUUGCUAACCUUUAUCAUAACCUGUAUCUCUUCGUAAAAUUAUAGCAACUAAAUCUUGGACUUUAGAGUAAAUACAUUGUUGUUUUUGUUUCUCUUCUGCGAACAGGAGUUUUUGAUCAGUCCGCGUCUCUGUUGUGUAACGUAGCAAUCAAGCUAGCUCCAAUCGUCGGCAGAUGUAAACAGGGAUAAUCGAAUAGUGAUCGCUAUGACAUUUUGGCUGUACAGUUAGUGUACUACAGUCAGUCGUAACCGGCGCUAUGUCCGCUUUGUGUAUGCUGCACCGCGCUCUCUGUAGAAAACACAGCAAUGCGUUAUUGUUUACAUUAUCCAGGCGGAACUGUCAAAUAUCAGUCAAUAAGCCGAUACAUGUCAAAAAUGUGUUGUCCAGAUGUGAUUGUGUUACGAGAUCGGAGCGGACACAUACAAGUCAGCCACACAAACUCAUAGAGAGUCUUCUCUAUAGACCUUUGGGUUCUGGCAUGAUAGGAAUUAAUAAGGAGUUAAUCAAGAAUCACCUACUGAGGAAUCCUGUUGGUUUGGCAAAUCUAUUAGGAGUGGCAGACUUCUUCAGUACCUCUCAGCCCAAACAGGAGAAAAACAAUAAAAGUAAUGGACCAAAGGGAAAAGCUCCAGGAGAAGAUGAAGAGGAGAAGAAACGUCGUGAGCUAGAAGAUAUGGUGUACCGGGAGCGCCUGCGAACCCUCUUCAUCAUAGCAGUGAUGAUGACUCUGUUAAACUCCAUUACCAGCAGCGGUGGUAACAUCUCUUGGAAUGACUUUGUCCAUGAGAUGCUGGCCAAAGGAGAGGUGUCGCGUGUGCAAGUGGUUGCUGAGAGUGACAUUGUGGAAAUCUAUCUCCACCCUGGAGCAGUGAUCUUCGGAAGACCUAGGCUGGCACUAAUGUACAGAAUGCAGGUCGCUAACAUUGACAAAUUUGAGGAGAAGCUGAGAGCUGCAGAAGAAGAGCUGAAUAUUGACACUAAGGACAGGAUACCAGUGUCCUACAAACGCACUGGUUUCUUUGGAAAUGCAGUCUAUUCUCUGGGCAUGGCUGCUAUCGGUGUGGCUAUUCUCUGGUAUGUCUUUCGACUGAUAGGCAUGGCUGGCAGAGGAGGAGGCUUCAGUGCUUUUAAUCAGCUGAAGAUGGCCAAGUUCACCAUUGUGGACGGCAAAUCGGGGAAAGGCGUGAGUUUCAAAGAUGUAGCGGGAAUGUAUGAGGCCAAGAUGGAAGUGAAGGAAUUUGUUGACUACCUCAAGAGUCCAGAGCGAUACCUCCAGCUGGGAGCCAAAGUUCCCAAGGGUGUAUUGCUGCUUGGACCUCCAGGUUGUGGAAAGACCCUGCUGGCUAAGGCUGUAGCCACUGAGGCCCAGGUGCCCUUUCUGGCUAUGGCUGGGUCUGAAUUUGUGGAGGUCAUCGGGGGCCUGGGUGCUGCCAGGGUCAGGAGUCUCUUCAAAGAAGCUCGUGCCCGGGCACCGUGCAUCGUCUACAUUGAUGAGAUUGAUGCCGUGGGGAAGAAACGCUCCACCAACAUGUCUGGUUUCUCCAAUACCGAAGAGGAACAAACCCUCAACCAGCUGCUGGUAGAGAUGGACGGAAUGGGAACGACCGACCAUGUCAUUGUUCUUGCUUCCACAAACAGAGCAGAUAUCUUAGAUAAUGCUCUCAUGAGACCAGGCAGGCUGGACAGGCACAUCUUCAUAGAUCUUCCCACACUGCAGGAGAGGAAGGAGAUCUUUGAGCAGCAUCUGAAAAUUCUGAAGCUGACGCAACCAGCUCAUGUCUACUCUCUGCAGCUGGCUGAGCUCACUCCAGGCUUCAGUGGUGCAGACAUCGCCAACAUCUGUAAUGAAGCGGCUCUGCACGCUGCCAGAGAGGGGCACAAGUCCAUCGAUACCUUCAACUUUGAAUAUGCAGUAGAGAGGGUAUUAGCGGGAAGUGUAAAGGAAGGCAAAAUUGUGUCUAAGGAGGAGCGGAGGGUGGUUGCCUUCCAUGAGUCGGGACAUGCCUUGGUGGGCUGGCUACUGGAGCACACAGAGGCAGUCAUGAAGGUGUCCAUUGCCCCACGGACUAAUGCAGCCCUGGGAUUCGCCCAGAUCAUACCUCGCGAGCAGUACCUGCUCACCAAGGAGCAGCUGUUUGAGCGCAUGUGUAUGGCUCUGGGAGGACGAGCUGCUGAGGCCAUCACCUUCAACAAAGUCACAACAGGAGCUCAGGACGACUUGCAUAAAGUCACACGCGUGGCUUACUCUAUGAUAAAGCAGUACGGCAUGUGCGACAGUGUCGGCCAGGUCUCGUUCCCAGAGACAGAGGAGCAGGGAGCUGCUGGACGUCGUCCUUUCAGCCAGGGUCUACAGCAACAGAUGGACCAUGAGGCUAAGAUGCUGAUCGCUCGCGCUUACAGGCACACAGAGAAGCUGCUACUGGACAACAGAAACAAGUUGACAAAGUUGGCCAGUGCCCUGUUGGAGCGUGAGGUGGUGAACUAUGAUGACAUUGAAGCCCUGUUGGGUCCACCUCCCUUUGGCCCAAAGAAGAUGAUUGUUCCACAGAGUUGGGUGGAGGCGGAAAAGGACAAACAAGACACGGGAGAAGACGAACCUCCCCCACCUCCCCGCAAACACAGAGAAGACGACAUGAAUGCUCAUCUGUUCUGAAAACCAAUUCCAACUUUUGUAUUCUGAGGUUGUCCUAGGGGCUGUUUUAAAGUGAUUACUGCAGCUCCAAAAAUUGCAUGAUAUUAGUACAGUAAGACAUUACUGAUAUGUAUCUCAUAGUGUGGAGCAGAAUCCAAUUUUGACCAGACUGGAGCAGUAGUGUUAAGAAGCAAAGAGGAUGACUUAUGUUGCUAAAAUAUUAAUGCAUCUGUCAUGAUGGUUAAAGAUCUUCACACUCUUUGGCCUCUCUGUCACUGAGAGACACAUGUUGGGUCGAUGAUGGAAUAAACUGAGACAGUGUUUUCUUUGGUAAUAAAAGAUGUAUUGGUUUGACCGUCGCCAGCUCAUGUAGUCCAACAGGAUGUUGUUACUAAAUAUUUAAAUAAAGUUGUAUUUAAAUAUUGUAA